CAGUUCGUUCAGCUCGCAGCGCCCCAAGGAAACCUUUAUAAGAGCGCAGCGCAAGUAUCCAUUCUCAUUAUAUUGUAGAAUACUGUUGUGUAUAUUGAACAAAAUGUCUGGAAGAGGAAAGACUGGAGGUAAAGUACGCGCCAAGGCUAAGACUCGCUCUUCUCGAGCUGGGUUGCAGUUUCCCGUCGGUCGUGUUCAUAGGCUUCUCAGAAAAGGCAAUUAUGCUGAACGUGUGGGCGCUGGUGCUCCUGUCUACUUGGCUGCUGUGCUCGAGUACCUGACCGCUGAAAUUCUCGAGUUAGCUGGCAAUGCUGCUCGCGACAACAAGAAAACCAGAAUCAUUCCUCGUCACUUGCAGUUGGCUGUGCGUAAUGAUGAGGAGCUUAAUAAGUUGCUGGGUGGCGUGACAAUCGCUCAGGGCGGUGUGCUGCCUAAUAUCCAGGCCGUGCUUCUGCCCAAGAAGACCGAGAAACCAGCUAAGAGCAAAAUGUAAGACUGACACCUCUCAGACUCUGAUCUCACUUCCAGAUUGAGAAUACCUGGACCCGCAUAUUCCUCCCAGAGUUCCACAUAAGAGGAAAUGACUCCAUUUUUGACAGACCAGCUGAGAUUGAAUGAAGUCUCAUCAUUGUACUUUACCACACGUUUUAUUGUACGCUGUUUGCAUACUGCAAUAUACAGGGUUUGCCUUGGGCUACCCCCGAUCUUUUAUUUUUCUUCUUUACUUGACCAUAGAAUGACAGGAGAAAGUACGCUGUGCACUUUAUCAGUCUUUCAGUUGUUUCCACAGCUCUUUCCUACAUUCAUAUUAAGAAAUCUUUGAUAAUCUAGCAACUGUACUCAGUUUUGUUCCUUUCUCUAUCUUGAUUAUUUUCUUUAAGAUUUUUAAGCUCCUUAGCACCUUUUUCCUGCUCUGUGAUGUUUGACAAAUACAGGAACUGGACUCACACUCGACCACUGCACGACAUUCCCAUUGUCCUUUUGAAGCCAUUCCGGUGUAGCUUUGUCUUUCUGCUUGGGCUCGUUGUCUUCUCCCAAAAUGCAGAUUUUUUUGCAGACUCCAUCAGGUUUUCCUCCAGGAUUUGCCACAAUUUUGCUCUCUUCAUUUGAGGCCUCACAAGCCUUUGCAAGGGCCUAUUGCAGUGAAGCAUCCUCACAUCUCAAGGCUGCUAAUGUGUAGUGUUCCUGUCUGAUAGCCAAAAACCUCAAUUUUGAACCUUCUUCCAGCUGACUUAAGUCUCACAUGUGCCUUUUGCGAGAGGUCCUGUGUGAUUUUCUAUUUUGCCGCCCUCUCAUAACGUUGUGACUGGUGAAGUAGCUGGGCAAAGUUGUUGUCUGCCCAGUCUCUCCAAUGUCUGUCAUUGUAGCUUGUGACUUGUUCAAAGUUCACAGAGGCCUCUUGAUGGCCUACCCAAUUUGUCUGCUUCAGUUUUUAUGGGUGUUCUGCUCUGGCCAUACAGUUUCUAUUUCUUCAUGACUGAUUUAACUAAAUAUUCAGUGGCUUGGAUAUUUCCUUAUCUCCAUCACUUGAAUUGUUCUUUUCAUGGAGUUGCUUGGUGUGUUCUUGUGUCUUCAUGGAGAAGGUUAGACUUCCAUACUGACUCACCACUUGCUGGCCAUCCACAUAUAAUCAAUUGAAACCCCAGACAGGUGAUCUCCAUUGAAUUAGUGAUGGAACUUCUAAAGCCACUUUGCUGCCCCAGUGACGUGUCAUA